AUGGGGUAUGUCUUCUACGCCUUCUACCACACCAAGUACCACGACGACCACGCCCAGUCCUACGACGACUACCACAACCACGCCCAGCCCGACAACGACUACCACAACCACGCCCAGUACUACGACGACUACCACAACUACGCCCAGCCCGACAACGACUACCACAACCACGCCCAGUACUACGACGACUACCACAACUACGACCAGCCCUACUACGACUACCACAACCACGCCCAGUACUACGACGACUACCACAACCACGCCCAGUCCGACAACAACUACCACAACCACGCCCAGUACUACGACGACUACCACAACCACGCCCAGUCCAACAACGACUACCACAACCACGCCCAGUACUACGACGACUACCACAACCACGCCCAGCCCAACGACUACCACAACCACGCCCAGUACUACGACGACUACCACAACUACGCCCAGCCCUACUACGACUACCACAACCACGCCCAGUACUACGACGACUACCACAACCACGCCCAGCCCGACGACUACCACAACCACGCCCAGUACUACGACGACUACCACAACCACGCCCAGUCCAACAACGACUACCACAACCACGCCCAGUACUACGACGACUACCACAACUACGCCCAGCCCUACUACGACUACCACUAGGAGGACCACCACCACACCCUUUACAUGGCCAACUCACCCACCGUGGACACCUUACCCACCGUGGCCAAGUCAGCCAUCUUGGAGUCCUUACCCAACAUGGCCAAGUCAGCCAUCUUGGAGUCCUUACCCAACAUGGCCAAG